UGCAGCCUCAUCUGGGAGAACACCGGAGAUACAACAGUGCAUUAGAGAAGAGACGGUGAAACAAAAUAGACGGAGCGAAAGGCGAAGACGAGUGACAAUAAUUUAUUUUUAAUUCGAAACCCAAAUGCAUCACACGGCGCUUGGAUGAACCGACACCUCUCUAUUAACAAGUGUAGCACCUGGAUCCACUGACCAGCUCGGAGCAGGCAUGUCCCGCAGGAAACAGAGUAACCCAAGGCAAAUAAAACGGCUGCUGGAGAAUGGACAGGAGGAGGAGAAUGAGGAGUGUGUCUCGGAGGAGAACGACCUCACCGCCAACAAGGGCUUUACCGUGGAGGAGAACUGCUCUACUGACUAUGAGCCUGAAAAUAGCAAAGACUUAGAGUCCUCCUGCCACAAAGGUGAAGAUGUUGCCUCUCAUGUGGGGGAUGGGACUGGUGUUGGACAGAAAUACAGACGACCUCCAAUCGACCCCGAGGCCUGGGAUGGACCAAGGGAGCUAGAGGUGAUCCAGAGAGACAGGGAGCGGCGGAUUCACAGUCGACAGCAGCUGUCAGUGGGCAUGACAUGGGGGCCCUUUGAGGGGAAGAUCGCCGUGAACAGAGGCGAAAGUGUUGGCCUGCGGACCCAGCGCGAGGUGCCACUGGCUCUGACGGAGGGCUCCAGGUGGCUGCUGGACCUGACUUGGCUUGGAGCGGAGGACAACAAAAACAACUGCGUGGUGUACAGCAAAGGUGGUCAGCUUUGGUGCACAGUAACAAAACACAUUGCAGAGGGUGAAGAGCUGGUGGCUUUCGUGGUGGAUUUCAACUUGCGGCCUCAAGCGUUCAACCACAUGUCUGCGUUGACGGAGGGAAUGUACCCGGCGCGGCUCUUGGACAGCAUACCACUCCUCCCCCAGCAAGCCGCUAUGGCCUCCAUACUGCCCACUGCCAUCGUCAACAAGGACAUCUUCCCCUGCAAGGCAUGUGGGAUCUGGUACCGGAGCGAGAGGAACCUGCAGGCCCAUUUGAUGUACUACUGCAGUGGCCGGCAGGCGAACCCUGAGACCUUGGUGGACAAGAGUGAGAGCGGUCCACACCAGAUGCCCACCGUCUGCCCCUUCCCACAGUGCAACAAGAGCUGCUCGGGGCCACGAGCCAUGGAAACACACCUGGCUACACACAGCAGUGUCAAAAUGGAAGAGACUCUCCCUCCUGGCACCAGGUUGAAAUGCACAAUCUGUACCUACACGGCAGAUUCUCUCAUUGCAUUCCAACACCACAUCCUUUCUCACUUGUCACAGACGGCCUUCAGAUGCAAUCGCUGCCAUAUCAGCUUCCAGAGCCACAUGGAGCUGGUGCAACACCAGGACUUACACAGGCACGGUGGCGGUCUGCUUCACAGAGAGGGCGACGGCAAGCUCUCCCCCAGGCUGGGCGAGGAAGGCCUGCAGCAAAUGAGAGCGGAGCUGGCCCGCUGCAGAGACGUCCUCCAGGCCCCUAAGAUCAUGCCGAACGAGGAGGUCUGCUCCACCGCCAAGUUGGAAAGGGCAGAAAAGAUGGCCAAGUUCUCUGCCCAGAAGGAGGACGGAAACUUGGGAAGCAAAGCCAGCUUUUUGUACCCCAGAGUGAAGUCUGAACCCUCCAGCCCACGGCCGGCCUCCUCGCCCGUCCAGGCUAGCGUGGGUCCUGCGUUUCCCAUGGGCCCUCUCCUCUCUCAGUUCCCUUUUCCCCAGGACAUUUCAAUGGUUCCGCAGGCCUCCGAGAUCUUAGCGAAAAUGUCCGAGCUGGUGCACCGCAGAUUGCAGCACGGGGCGAACGCCUACCCCCCUCUGAUGUAUAGCCCUCUUGUGCCAAAAGGGGCCACAUGCUUUGAAUGCAACAUCACUUUUAAUAAUCUAGAAAACUACUUUGUCCACAAAAAGCACUACUGUAACAGCCGCUGGCAGGACAUGGCCAAGUCGCCCAGUUAUCCCAGUGGCCUGGACAAGGUGGCAGAGACUGUGAGCCCAAACAGCAGGCACAGUUCGCUCGGCUUGCUGAACGGUCCACUCCUGUCUGAGGUUGACAGUCGUCUCCUGCAGCCUGCUGGCUCAAACUCAUCGGUUUCACACUUGAUCAAUGGGAGUGUCAAAGUGCCUGAUAAGGAACUCUCAGGGCAGGUAAAAAAGUCAUCCACACCCCCUGGAGCAGAGGAGAAGCCAAAUGGCACGCCGGCGAACUCGAACAGUCCCAGCACACCCCUUGCGGAAGGCGAAAAUGACUCCAGCAAGACGAAUUGUGAAGCCUGUAAGAUCACGUUCAGCCGUGAGGAAAAUUACAUUGUCCACAAGCAGUACUACUGCGCUUCUCGUCAUGACCCGCCCAUGAAGCGCACGGCCGUGAAUAAAAUGGCAAUGCAGAGGACGAUGCGGACACGCAAGAGGAAGAAGCUGUAUGAGCUGUGUCUCCCAGAUCAAGAGGUGAAGCUGUCCCAGAUGAGGUCACCAGGUUUCCUGAUGGUACCCACUUUUGGAAGUCCGUGUACAUCCCAAGAAUCGGUGGACAGUCCCGAAAACCACUUUCAUCAACAGUGCAAUAUGUUUCCGGGAAUGGUCCCAAAACAUCUGGAAGCUUCUCUUGCUGUUACAAAAUCAGCUUUGGUAUCUAAGUGCAAUGCAAUUGAGCAGCAGGAAGCAGAUGCCCCCAUGGAUCUCAGUAAAAAGUGCUCCCCACAUUCUGACAAAACCUGCAAUUCCCCCAAAAGGCUCAUGGACUAUCACGAAUGCAUGGUGUGCAAGAUUGGCUUUAACAAAGUGGAGGAUUACCUAACACACAAGCAGAACUUCUGCCCUGUAACUGCUCAGCAGCCUGAAAUUGGCAGCCUGGACCAGGCAGUGUUUCCAGCCGUUAAAUUUGAACGCCAUAACGAUAAGAGCCCAGCGAAAUGUGAUAAAAAUGGAAACUCCAAGCUGAGUGUACAAAAUGGUAACAUUUUCCCCUCUCAUUCUGGAGCCCUGUCUGUGCUCAAUGCAGCUGGAGAGACUCCGCUUUUUCCCCUAAAAGAGGAGAGCAAGGCUGCGUUCCUACCCCACUGCUUUUACCCCCAAGCACUAAAGAAAUUGAAAGGUUCAGAUGAAAUAUUGCCAUAUUACGGGAUUAAACCCACUGAUUAUGUUAACGGUAGCGUGGUGGAGCAGGGCGUGCAGGAUGAGCAGAGUCAGAGUGAUGAAGGCGAAGGAGGAAAGGCACAGCUGACACCCAAUGGCUUUCCCCACCCUGGCAAAGAGCUGCUGCCCCUGCUGCCCAAUAACAGAGGCUCGGUGGUGAGUGUAAACGGUGCCCACAAACCUGAGGUCACGCCACAGCAGGAGAACUUGCCCCAGGACUCCCAGCCUUCAGACGGCCGGCCAUCGCCCGCGCCGGCCGCUGAGAAUCCCUCAGACUCCAACGAGAACAUUUCUCCUUCCCCGAAAUCACCCAGCGAGGAAACAGCGCCCCCUGCAGCGAAAGGCGUGAACGGAACCACGCCGGCCGCGAGCGGGAACAAAUUCUGCCGCGUGUGUAACAUCCAGUUCAGCAGCCUUUCCAACUUUAUCACUCACAAAAAGUUUUACUGCUCGUCCCAUGCUGCUGAUCAGGUGAAAUAAGUUUUCGUUCUCUGCCUCAGUGCAUCUCACUGUUUUACAUGCUGCUUGUGGACAAUCAACUUACAGUUAUUUAAAUACAGUGCAAAAUCAUAGGUUAAAAAAAAUAUUUGUGCCACUUUGCCAUAUUUAUUUAUUUUUAAAUCAGUAUUAAGAGGAGUAGUGAUGUUAAAUUAUAAUUAAAGGUAUAUGAGUUGUUUGUAUUGUUCUUGUGCAACACACAUUGUUUACAUUGUAAUGUCAGUUAAAUGAUAGACACAGAAUGCAACUGAUAUGCAUUCUGACAAAAACGUAGCUGCAAAAGCACUUGUAUAUUCUUUUUUUUUGCUGUAACUUCUUUUUUCUUUUGUAUAUGCAUAAAUACAAUUUGUAGCUUGAAUAACUACACAUUUUAUGAAAAUGUUUUUGGGGGUAAUGUCUGUGUAAAAUAUUUUUUUCUUAAGGCUUUGAGUAUGUAUUUAUGUAUGUGUUUGCCCCGUCUCUCUUCUCCAGCUCUGAAAUGACUGUUUUAGUGUGGAUGACAACAUUGUUGUAUAGUACUUAUUUCUGUUUGCCAAUAUUUCUUUCAAGAAAAAAUUUCUUUUUUUAAAAGCAGUAUUAGCUACAUAUAAAUGAAGGACUUGUCACAUCAGAUUUGUGUCCCUAUAAAAUCAAUUUUGAUUAUUGGUAGUUGGUUGAACAAUUAGGCAGGAUCUAUGCGAGCUAAGAUGAUCAUUUCAAUAACCUAAUAAUGGGAAUAAAACAUUUUCUUGAAAACAUUGUUGCUAUGCAUGUAUAUGGGUGGAAUAAAAUUCCAGAACUGUUGGACAUUUUUAUUUUGAUGUUGUGGCAUAUUAAAUACCAAUCCUCAGGAUCA